UGCAUCAUGUAAGAGAUGCGGGGGGAUGCAUGGGUUGCAUGCCGAGGGGUACCCAAAAGCUAGAGCAACAUGCUUUUCUCUCGUCUCGUAGGAAACGGCGUUCGUUCUAUAAGAGAUAGGUUUUAUUAGAUUAUCAUGAUUUAGCUUCACAUUCUUCCAGUCGAGGAUUAUUGAGAUAAUUAUAUAAGCUAUUGUGUAAGGUAAAAGCCGAUAUGAUUUUUAUAGACUCGGAUGGACCUGCUUAAAUAGGACUGUUAGCUAUUUUCAGCAACUGAUAUCAUCUUUAGUACAGCAAGAAUACCCCACAAUGAGUUCCCCUCAGCCCCUAGGACCGCCUAGGUACCGCCUAGGGAUUAGUGCCCCUCUAAAACGCCGAUGUCGUCAGUGUUAUCAAGUGGACGUCACUUUGAGCGUCUUAAAUCUAUCAGAUUUAGAAUUAUUUCGAUGAAUAAGCGUAAACAUCGGGAUAAUUAGGAUAUGAUACCCUGAUGACUUAUUACAAAUCGAUUGACUUCCCCUGAAGCUUCUCUAGUCUCUUUGUGUUGGCUUGGGAUUUAAUCAACUAAUAUCGCUCGUCCUCGAAGCAAUUCACACACCUCCUCUCAUGAUGAGUUUCCUAAGGAGUUUACAGAGGAGCGUAACGUCUCAAUCGCGACUUGCUGUGAGGUCGAGCUUUCAAAGAACAAAUCUUCCACUCAUAAUGACGCGGUUAGCUUCUAGUAGAGCACCAAAGCUCAACGAUCCCUCCCUCUUCAAGACUGAUGUCUGUUAUGUAAACGGAGAAUGGAUCAAGGCAGCGUCGGGUAAGACCUUUGAGGUCUAUGACCCAGCCACGGGAGACCUCAUUGGCACCUCUCCUGAGUUUACUGGCAAGGACACCGAGAAUGCCAUCGCUGCUGCUGCUGCGGCGUUCCCUAGUUUCCGAACGAAGACUGGUCGCGAGAAGGCUAAAUUACUACGCAAGUGGUACGACCUAGUAAUCGAAAACUCCGACGAUCUCGCAAAACUCAUCACGUGGGAGAACGGCAAGCCAUUUGCGGAUGCGAAGGGCGAGGUGACCUACGCUGCUAGUUUUUUCGAGUGGUUUAGUGAGGAAGCCCCUAGAAUAUACGGCGAUUCGAUACCGGCUACCGUACCAGGAAACAGAGUUGUGACCAUCAAGCAGCCCGUCGGCGUCUGCGGUUUAAUUACGCCAUGGAACUUCCCCGCUGCUAUGGUCACCCGCAAACUCGGCCCUGCUCUAGCGGCUGGCUGCACAGUCGUUGUUAAGACGCCUGGAGAGACCCCAUUUACCGCCCUCGCCUUGGCCGAGUUAGCACACAGAGCUGGAAUUCCGAAAGGUGUCGUUAACUUCGUGACAACCUUAAAGAACACACCUGAGGUCGGAGAGACGCUGGCGACUCAUCCUACCGUACGGAAGGUAUCUUUUACAGGAUCGACGGCCGUAGGAAGGCUCCUCAUGAAGCAGGCUUCCCCAACCUUGAAGAUCCUGUCUAUGGAACUGGGAGGUAACGCACCAUUCAUCGUGUUUGACGAUGCCGACGUCGACGCGGCUGUCGCAGGUGCUAUCACCUCCAAAUUCCGCUCGUCCGGCCAAACUUGCGUGUGCGCCAACAGGAUAUACGUCCAAAAGGGUAUUUACGAUGAGUUUGCAAAGAAGUUUGCGGAGAAGGUUAGGGAAUUCAAGGUUGGCAAUGGGUUUGACGAAGGCAUCACCCACGGACCUCUGAUCCACGACCGAGCUAUCUCGAAAGUAGAGGCUCACAUUAAAGAUGCCGAGAAAAAGGGAGGUAAGGUGGUUGUUGGCGGGCAGAAACUGCCGGACCUGGGAGCUAAUUUCUACCAACCUACCGUCAUCACGGGCAUGACCAAGGAUAUGGAUAUCGCAGGUGAGGAGACCUUUGGACCUGUGGCGGGAUUAUUCCCAUUCGCUACGGAGCAAGAAGUAGUAGAUCUAGCAAACUCUGCCGAGGUCGGUCUGGCAGGCUAUUUCUUCUCGCGAGACCUGGAGCGGAUCACAAGAGUGGCUGAAGCGCUGGAAGUAGGAAUGGUUGGCGUCAACACGGGUCUAAUUUCGGACACUGCCUCGCCGUUUGGCGGCGUGAAACAAUCUGGAUUCGGCAGGGAAGGAUCCAAGUAUGGUAUUGACGAAUACUUGAACAUCAAGACGAUAACGUGGGGAGGCAUGAAUAAGCCGCUGCAAAGUUGAAUGUCUAUUACGAUGUAAUCUAUAAUACUAGCGUUGACGGUUAGAAAAAGGAAAUGGAAAGUCUUUAUCAGAUGAACUCGAAUAAAAUUAAAUUAGAUCGAG